GACUCAAACAGAACCACCAUUUACUGCGCGUUUCAUCGCGUUCAAACUUCUCCACAAUGUCGACAACGACAAAAGACGAGUCAGAGCCUGUGGCAGACUUGAAUCCGCGCUCGACGACCUAUGAGUUCCUGGGCCCACCGGGUGCCUUUCUCAUCUCAUUCGGCGUCCCUUUCAUGACGUAUCUCCUAUACUUUGGUUGUUCAGAAGAAUCUGGCGGCUGCCCUCCUCCUUUACAAUCUAUUCCAGACCGGUUCGUGGAAGCAUUGAGUGACAAGACAUUUUGGGCAAGUCUGUGGGAUACCGAGGCCAGUUUGAUUUACUUGGGAUGGUACGCGUUUUGCGUUGUUGCAUGGGCGGUGCUGCCGGGAGAUUUGGUUGAAGGAGUGACCAUGCGUACUGGGGAGAAAAAGAAGUACAAAAUCAAUGCUUUUUCGACGUUCCUUUUUGCAAUGGGCAUUUCCUGUGGCUAUAUCGUUCGCAACGGUCCCGAGUCCUUCACCUUCUUGUAUCAAAAAUGGAUAGGAUUUGUGACUGCUUCGUUGGUUAUGUCCUUGGUGCAAGCCUUCUAUGUGUAUGCAAGUUCGUACCGCACGGGCGCUCUCCUCGCGCUUGGUGGCAACUCGGGAAAUUUCAUUUAUGAUUGGUACAUUGGCCGCGAGUUGAACCCCUCCAUUGGUUCUUUUGACAUCAAGUCCUUCAAUGAGCUCCGCCCUGGCCUCAUCCUCUGGGUGUUGGUGAACAUGAGCAUGGUCUGCGAGCAAGCUGCACGUCGCGGAGGUUUCGCAAACGUGACCGACUCGAUAUGGGUUGUACUCGCAUUCCAGACUUGGUAUGUCGCUGAUGGACUGUAUAACGAGCCCGCCAUUUUGACGACGAUGGACAUCACAACCGAUGGUUUUGGGUUCAUGCUUGCUGUUGGAGACCUCACCUGGGUGCCUUUUGUGUACUCGCUGCAGGCACGCUACCUUGUGUUCAAACCCGUCGAACUUGGACUCCUUCGUACUGCUGGAAUACUUGCGUUCAACCUCCUUGGGUAUUAUGUCUUCCGUGAUGCCAAUGGAGAGAAGAAUGAUUUCAGAAACGGACGCAACCCCAAAAAUUUGAAAUAUUUCACGACGUCUACCGGCUCGAAGCUUCUCACUUCAGGAUGGUGGGGUCGAUCAAGACAUCCCAAUUACUUCGGCGACCUGCUGAUGGCAUUUGCAUGGUCGCUUCCCACUGGGUUCGAUACGCCAAUUACAUACUUCUAUGUUGUGUACUUCGCGGUACUGCUCAUCCACAGGCAGCGCCGUGAUGAUGAAAAUUGUGAGAAAAAGUACGGUAAGGAUUGGGAGACGUACAAGAAGCUGGUACCAUACCGUAUUAUUCCAUAUGUUUACUAGGAACGAUAAAUCGCUACUCACUCUAUGGACGAUCAACUUUGGAGAACGUUAAUGUAUUAUGUUCUGCUGUCCAGUAUUAAUUUUUAUCAUGCAAACGACAGCUGACCGGUUUGCACCAAG